AUGAAAAAGGAAGUCCAUGUAAACGGACAAGACAUGGCAGAUUUAUGUCACUGGUUUUUAACCAAACAUGGUUCGAUCUCUCUGCAGCUGCAGUCUGCCUCUGUCCACUUUAUAGCAGCCAAACACACCACUCCCGUUAAGAGCUAUGUGGAAGACAUCAACUUCCGGCUGGUCUCCUAUCACUUCUUCGCUUGCUGUCACGUUUCGGCCAUGUCAAUCUCUGAGACCUGGUAUGCCAUUAAAGACCAUGGCACCAACUACUGCAACCUGUACAACCUGAUGGAAGGAAGUGGUCUAACUGAAGCCAGAGGUUAUAAAGAGGUCACCAGCGACUUCCUGUGUACCCAACGCUCUUCUGCUAACUGCACUGUCUACUGACUGAAAAUUUAGGGCGACUAGAGACCAUUAUAGUACAGAUCAUCUGAGUAACAUGGUGAAGCUCGCGUUUGAUGAGAUGUUCCUGGACCCAUCACAUUCAACUCAGUCUGAAAACUUAGGAUGAUAUUACUGGGCAGACGUAAUGCUUCAGUCAAGCACCUGAAGUGAAGACAACACAGCGGCCAGAAGCAGCAGAAAGUCUUUGUUGUUGUUGUUACCAGCCGUCACAUCUUCAGUAUACAAGAAACCCUCAAUUUGUGUUUCCAUUUCAUUAACUAUGAAUAAAGUGAUAUAUUUUUAAGAGGGUUUUGGUCUUUUUAAAUUUAGUGUUAAGGGACCUGGGGUUUUAGAGAAAUAUAAUUCGUCACAAAGGUUUUCUGAAAAACGUAUUUAAAUUCAUGCAUAUAGAACGCUUG